AUGGCGUCUUCUUCCUGUUUGACUCAGAUCAGAAGAUAUCAUGUCUUCCCUAGCUUCCAUGGCCCAGAUAUUCGUAGAUCAUUCCUCAGUCAUUUACAUAAACACUUUGCAAGCAAAGGGAUCACAAUGUUCAAGGAUCACGAGAUCGAGAGAGGCCACACGAUUGGACCUGAACUCGUACAAGCCAUUAGAGAAUCGAGGGUCCUGAUGGUAGUGCUCUCAAAGAAAUACGCUUCUUCAAGCUGGUGUUUAGAUGAGUUGGUUGAAAUCUUGAAAUGCAAAGAAGAUCAAGGGAAGAUAGUGAUGACGAUUUUUUACAAAGUUGAUCCGUCUUGUGUUCGGAAACAAAACGGGGAUUUCGGAAGCAUUUUUGAGAAAACUUGUGAAGGGAAAACUAAGGAAGUUAAGCUGAGAUGGACCAAAGCUUUAACUGAUGUUGCAAACAUAGAAGGGGAUUAUUCUCUAAAUUGGGAUGAUGAAGCUGAGAUGAUCGAAAAAAUUGCCAUUGAUGUUUCAAACAAAAUCAAUGUUACACCAUCAAAUGAAUUUGAAGGGCUAGUGGGAAUGGAAGCUCACUUGAGAAAACUAAACGCUUAUUUACACCUUGAGUGUGACGAAGUAAAGAUGAUUGGAAUCCAAGGUCCAGCUGGAAUCGGUAAGACAACUAUUGCUAGAGCUUUAUUCAACCAACUCUCUGCUGAUUUUCAAUUUAAAUGUUUUCUCAAGAACCUCAAGGAAAAAUAUGAAACAUUUGGUAUGGAUGACCAUGAUUCGAAAUUGUAUUUACAAACCCAGCUUCUAUCCAAGAUUUUGAACCAAAGGGAUAUGAAGGUACAUCAUCUAGGCACAAUAAAAGAAUGGCUACAAGACCAAAGAGUCCUUAUAGUUCUUGAUGAGAUAGAUGAUUUGGAACAACUAGACGCCUUGGCUAGAGAACCAUCUUGGUUUGGUUUGGGAAGCCGAAUUAUCGUUACUACUGAAGAUAAAAAGAUACUGAAGGCACAUUGGGUAGAUGAUAUCUACCAUGUGGAUUAUCCAUCAGAAGAAGAAGCUCUUGAGAUCCUACGUCUAUAUGCUUUCAAGCCAAAUUCUCUACGGGAUGGUUUUGAUGAGCUUGCAAAGAAAUUAACAAAUCUUUGUGGUAAUCUUCCACUAGGUCUUCGUGUUGUGGGUUCAUCUUUACGUGGUGAGAAUAGGAACGAGUGGGAAGGUCAAGUUUCUAGGCUAGAAUAUAGCCUUGAUAGGAAAAUUGAGAAUGCGUUAAGAGUGGGAUAUGACAAACUAAUGAAGAAAGAACAGUCUCUAUUUCUUCACAUUGCGUUCUUCUUUAACAAUGAAACCAUUGAUCAUCUGACAACAAUGCUAGCUGAUAGUGACUUGGAUGUCAGAAAUGGGUUGAAGACCCUUUCCGAGAAAUCUCUCGUGCAUAUAUCAACCAAUGGGUUGAUCACAAUGCAUUGUUUACUCCAAAAAUUGGGGAGGCAAGUAGUUUAUGAACAAUCUAAUGAAUCUGGAAAGCGUCAAUUUUUAGUAGAAGCCGAAGAGAUUCGUAAUGUGCUUGAAAAUGAAACUGGCACUGGAUCUGUCUUAGGUAUAUCACUUGAUAUGUCUAAGAUAAGUGAGUUUUCUAUCAGUGGGCGAGCCUUUGAAGGAAUGCGUAAUCUCCGGUUCCUAAGAGUGUAUGGAAGACAUUUUAGUACAUUGCAGAUGUUAGAAGACAUGGAAUAUUUACCUCGUCUAAGGUUACUCCAUUGGGAUUCAUACCCAGGAACACUUCUUCCUCCAACAUUUCGACCUGAAUGUCUAGUCGAAUUCAAUAUGGCAUAUAGUAAGCUCGAGAAGCUUUGGCAAGGUAUCCAGGCACUUACAAAUCUCAAGGAUAUAGAUUUGGGACAUUCCAAAAACUUGAUAGAGAUCCCCGAUCUUUCAAAGGCUACUAGCCUCAAGACAUUGACACUUACAUCUUGCACAAGUUUGGUGGAGCUUCCGUCUUCAAUUAGAAACCUACACAAACUAAAAAAGUUGAUGAUGAUGGGGUGCGCAAAGCUACAAAUCAUUCCAAAAAAUAUCAACUUGGCAUCUCUUGAGGAAGUAGACAUGAGUGACUGCUCACUGUUGCGAAGUUAUCCAGAUAUUUCUAUGAACAUCAAGGACCUCGAUGUUGGAAAUACAAAGUUGGAAGUUCAUCCAUCAAUUGUUGAACGUCUACCUCGUCUUGAGUGGUUUCGUAUAGGCAGCAGAAACCUCAAGAGAUUAACACAUGUCCCCGAAAGUGUAACACAUCUAGACCUAAGCAAUAGUGAUAUAGUGAGGAUUCCAGAUUGUGUCAUAGGCCUUUCUCGACUAGAAAGUCUUUUCGUCUUCAAGUGUAGAAAACUCAUGUCACUACAAGGUCUUCCCUCUUCGCUCAAGUACAUAGAUGCGACCGAUUGUGGAUCCCUCGAGAGUGUGUGUAUCUAUUUCAAUGAUCCAAUGAGGGGCCUCAUGUUCCAAUAUCCAAUCAGGGAACUCAUGUUCCAAAACUGCUUGAAACUGGAUGAAGAGUCAAGAAGAGAAAUCAUACAACAAUGGGUUUACGAGUACGUAUGUUUACCGGGUAAAGAUAUUCCUGCGGAGUUCACUAACAAAGCUAAAGGAAACUCCAUAACCAUCCCUAUGGUUACUUUCUCUUCAUCCUCAAGAUUCAAGGCAUGUCUAAUGUUUUCGCCAAUCAAGUACUCAUAUCUUGAUAUAACUUGUCGUCUAAUAACCGAAGGAGGUGUCAUCAUCAUGGAGAUUAAAUGGGAUUCAAUGAAUGUUUCUCAUUUUCUUACGGAGCAUCUGUUCGUAUGUGGUGGUAACUUGGUUCAAGAAACACGUAAAGUGGAGGUGCAAGCGACCAAGAUUUUUUUUGAAUUCAGUUGCGUGGAUAACCUCAAGAUUCUUGAGUGUGGUGUACAGAUCUUGAGUGAGGAAACAGAGAGUUGUGAUGGUAGCGAAGUGGAUUACUUCGAUACUGGAGGAAGCCCUGAUAACCACACGUAUGGAGAUGAAUAUUAUGAAAUGGAUGAUGAAGUCGCUCAGUCUGAGUAUAAAUAUAAUUGGAGUUGGCUUAAGAAGUUUUGGUAUGGAGAAGAAGAUGAAAGAGACGACGAUGAUAAAGAAGAAUAUAUAAACAACCAUUAUGGUUGGAAUACGGCCACGAUGAUGAAGGUGUUUGUGGUUGGUAUGUCUUUGCUUUUGCUAUAUCUUGUUAUCACAUAA